AUGAACUUAGACAGUAGGUUGCCGCCACGAAAGACGGUGUUAACGUCGAUAGACCAUUCCGAUCGUUCAGUAACCCGAAUGUCAGUCGAUAUCUUCAAACUCGACGGCCAGGAUGGGAAGGGUCUCCCAAUUCACGUGGCACAGAACGUGGGCUUCCUGGAAACGUAUCGCUACCUCAUGGAAGAUGCGGCAGAUCCCAGAGUUGCGGAUUGGCUGUUCAUGGGCAGUCCGUUUCUAUUGUCAGGAAUUAUAUCCAUUUAUCUGCUCCUCGUUCUACGUCUCGGCCCGUUGUACAUGAAGAAAAGGAAACCAUACAAUCUGAACAAAAUUAUGAUUUUUUACAAUAUUUUCAUGGCGAUUGCGAGUGCUGCUGCAUUUCACGGGCUGCUCACCUCAGGCUUCACCACGAAAUACUCGCUUGGCUGCGAGGCUCAUACUGUUUCCUACGAUUCUGAAUCUUAUCGUAUGGCUCGAUGGGUGUGGAGGGUUGUAUUGUUGAAAGUGUUCGAGCUCAGCGACACUGUCAUCUUUAUUUUGAGAAAGAAAUACAACCAGGCGUCUUUUCUUCACAUUUAUCAUCACACGUCGACUGUUCUUCUCGCGUGGAUAGCGUGCAAAUUUGUCCCAGGCGGCAUGUGGACUUUCACGAUUAUGUUAAACAGCAUCGUGCACGUGAUUAUGUACACCUAUUAUCUGCUCGCUUGCUUGGGCCCGGAAAUGCAAAAGAGAAUCGCACCUUGGAAACAAUACAUUACGGGCUUACAAAUGAUCCAGUUUAUCGCGAUGAUAUGUCAUACAGUUCAAACUUUGUUGCCUUCCUGUGAGCCAAAUCGAAAGCCAGUAGCUUUUCUCUACAUAUCUCAGAUCCUUAUUAUGUUCUACAUGUUUUGCGACUAUUACAAGAAAUCGUAUCUCACGAAGAAGACGGAGUAA